GCACACAAUACCUCGGUGGAGAGUUCGGCACUUCCUGGUGCUACAAGUACAAAACGUGCUUUUGUGUUGCACAGGUCACACAGUGCUACACGUAUAUUUGUCAAACUACUGGACACACGUAUAGGCCACACAUAGGACGUUUUCCUGCUGGCAUCGUACUUCUGAACAUGACAUUACAUGAUGCCGAGUUCCAAGCAGAAGUACCAGCGCCUGCCUCAGGCUGACCUGACUGACGAAGACCAGACUGUGUACUCCCGGGGGGACGGCGGCGCCGAAGGUCACACAAACAACAAUGUCAAGGUCGAGAGGAGUCAGGACAGGGAGCGGUGCUGCGGUGGAGUCUACCUGCGGACCUACGCUUUGUGUGCAGCCUUCUUGGGCUUGGGGGUGUGUAUAGCCAUGGUCGGACCCACCCUGCUGGACUUGGCGGCCAACGUUCAUGCCGACAUCGCUCACAUUUCCUACAUCUUCACGGCGCGCUCCGUAGGAUACCUGGUCGGUUCUGCCGUCGGAGGGUUCCUGUUCGACAUGUUCGACCAACAUCUGCUGCUGGGACUUAGUCUCCUUCUUAAUGCCAUUGGCUUUGCUGUGAUACCAUGGGCCAAGAGACUGUCUGUCAUGGGUAUACUGGUGUCCUUUACUGGGGUGGCAAUGGGCUUCCUAGACACAGGGGGCAAUGUCCUGUGUUUGAACCUUUGGGGUCAGAGGUCGGCACCCUACAUGCAGGCCCUGCACUUCAGUUUUGGUAUCGGAGCCUUCAUCGCGCCCUUAUUGGCCAAAAACUUCAUCAGCCUAUCAAACAGUACCUCUCUCCUGUUAAACACCACCGUGCAUCCUAGCAUUCCCCCUGCCUCCGAACAAGGACCGCACAGGAGACAUGUAGUAGUACCGAACCUGCCUACAGCUGUCAAUCACCAUCAGUGGGACUCUCAACAACCAAUCACGAGGACUCAUCCCCUUAUGAACAAAAUCAGCAACAGUGAUGUUGAAAUUGCCAGCAAGCAGAACAGUAACUUUUACAGAAGUUUUGUUACGGAGUUAGAGAACAACGAGAGCAAACUGGGUAGGAAGAACGCGCAGUCAUCGGUGCUUGAUACAUCCGUCAGUUGGAAAGGAAGGUCGAGAAAUGUCCAGCAGGAAAAAGAUAGCUAUAUGUUUGGCAAGGGUCUUUUUACUUCUGAAAUGAUGAUGGCCUCUGGUAACAGUCUCCAUAAUCGUAGGAGGAGAGGUUGGUUGGACAGUGAGGAAGAAUAUGGAUCUGGGAAAACAGAAGAAGAACAGACAGAGAUACCAACCUAUGAAGGGGAGGAUACACUUGAGGAGGAGAAGGAAGGUAGUGAUCAGAACAGUUGGACAGUUGGGAGAGAAGAUCCAGACAAUAAUCAACAACAACAACAACAAGAGGAGCAGGAAGGUAGUGAUGAUAACGAUUGGACAAUGGGGGGAGAAGAUCCGGACAACAAUCAACAACAUCAUCAUCAACAUCACCAUCAUCAUCAUCACUCUGAUCAAGGUUCAGGAGAUCAAGAGGAGACUCCAGAUGAAAAUAUGCCUUCGACCAGGCAGCCACUGUCAACCAAACAACAACAGAUGCGAAAAACAACUAAACGGGACGCAAGCAGUGCUACAGAGGGGAAAGAGAACGCCACUCACACAGGUUCGUCGGUGCCUGACAAGAUAAACGCUGUCUACACAAAAGGCAAGGAAUUCGUUCAAUCCAUCAUGUCGGAAAUGUCCAAGUUGAGCCCUAUACGCUGGGCGUACCUGAUCGUUGGUGUGUACCAGUUUCUGGUAGGGAUGACGUUCGUGGUUUUCUACUGCACUAGUUCCUACAAGUUCCUGGGUGGACAGCAGGUGCCACACGGUGCCUCCGAACCAGACCGAGCCUUCACCGUCAAAGUCCUCAGUCUGCUUUUCUUCUUCUUUUUCAUCUACGUGGGUGUCGAGGUUGCUUACGGAUCUUUUAUCUUCAGCUUCGGAACCAAGAGCAAGCUUCAUCUGUCUAAGAACGACGCGGUAGGACUGAACACGCUAUUCUGGGGGACGUUCUCACUUGUACGGGGGACCGCCAUCUUUACAACAAAGUGCCUGUCUGUCAAGGUCAUCCUUUUACUCAACCUGGUCGGAGCUAUCGUGUCUUCCCUCGGACUCUGCGUGUACGCCCAAGACAACAGGACACUGCUGUUUGUAGCAACAGGGAUUUUCGGAGGCUCAAUAUCAACGAUCUUUCCCUCGGCGAUAUCCUGGGCGGAACGCUACAUCCACGUGACGGGAAAGGCCGCAGCGGUGUUUGUCGUUGGCGCUUCGUUUGGCGAGAUGUUCAUGCCGCUCAUGGUUGGGUACAUGUUCGAGAGGAAUCCCAUGUGGUUGAUGUACUUCGCUCUAGGGGGGUCGGUGAUCGCCAACGUGUUGUUCGUGGCGCUACAGUGGCUGGUGUCGAGUCGCGGGGAGAAGUACGCCCUGCCCCCGCCAAACUUCCUGUGGACGGAGGACGAUGACGACGUGAAGAUGGACGUGAUAGAGAUGGCGCCGGUACAGAUAGUGGAGGAGGGGGAAACACCACUGCAGAAGAUCACAGAGCAGUUGAGGAGCACACCAGCAGGCAAGAUCCUGAAAGGAAAGAGAGGCAAGAAGGACUGAUCUGGAUAAGUGUAGUAAAUAAAGAAAUAACUAUGAUUGCUGUUACAGUCAAACCUGCCCAAGACCACUUAAACCUGCCACUAAUCCAUCCAAGACCACUUACUGGGGACCGACGAAUAUAGAAUACAACACAGUACGCUGUGUAUGCUAUAUCGCCUGAGCCCAAUCUUCAGGGUUAUACAGUAUACAAUGUACACUGUGGUUGUAUUCUAUGUUAUCAUUAUACCCACCUGAAAAACACACAUUUCAAUGCAAUUUGUGCUAGAAGUUGAGAAAAUUUGGUGUUCUGGAAAAAAAUUGUAACAGCAGAAAUUCCAAUGUGCAAAUCUGGUAUUCGAUUUGAAAUUUCCCCUACAGCGCACAUACAUGUAGGGUGCACACAUGUACAUGUAGGGCAUUCAAAGUGCCUACAAAGCAGAUGGAAUUGAUGAAUCAAAGUAGCCUGGUAUCCAGCUGUAUUAUGGCUCCUAAGUCUCUUCUGUCCUCACCGCAAUACUGUAAAUGCAGAAAUGUUCGCGGUGGAUUAAUGUUCGCAAUUUCGCGGCGACCACUUUACCGCGAACUUAAAUCCACCG